AUGGCGGGUGUUGGAAGGGGGAUGGGGCGGGGCAGUGGCGAUGGCGAUGGCGGGUUGCGAACAGUGGGGGUCGUCGCCGGCGUCCAUAUCCCAUUCCCAGAUCAAGAGGCUAUUCUCGCGUAUCAUGGGAGAGGUCAUGGCAGCGGCAGUGCAACUAUCCCCGUCGGCCGUUCAUCGGGAGGACAAGCAACGGGAUUUCUGGAUGACAUCAACCGAAGCGGAUUUGCCACCGGGGUGGCUCGUCAGGGUGGCAUAAGCAGAGGCCCGGAGGUUCCACUGCCGAUUAAAGAACCAACUAAAGGUAAUGCAAAUGAUGUAACAAACAUAUGGUGUCAUGGGAAAUCAUUGGAAGGACAAGCAUGGGAGUGUGGAUAUUGUGCUUUACUUAGACAUGGUGGGGGUGCAACCCGAUUCAAGCAGCAUAUAGCUGGAUUGGGCCCUCAUGUCUUCUCUUGCAUGAAUGCACCUCAUCAUGUAGUUGCCAUUUUUCGGAAAGCCAUUCCAGAGGGAGAGGCCCGAAGGAGGACUUCCAAAGAAGGAAAGAAAAGAGUGGUAGAUGAGGUCAAUCAUAUAAACAGUCAAGGUGCAUCAAUACAUAUUGAUUGUGAAGAUGAAGAUGAUGAGAUACUCCAGCAGACCCUACGAAAUUCAUUACGUGGAGAUCAUGGGAGAACCAGCGUUGUUAAAGGAAGUGUAGGGAGCAGCUCAAGUGGUGUCAAAGACUUUUUUGACGUUGAUUUGGCAUAUAGCAAGACUAGGCCACAACAGACAAUGGAGGCGUGUAUUAACAAGGUGGAAUACGAAUCUAGGAUUGGGAAGGCUUGGGCAAAAUGGUUUCAUGCUAAUGACAUCCCUGGGCACAUGCAAAAUUCAAAGUUUGUGUAUGAGCACAUCAAAGAAGUGAUUGAAGAGAUAGGGCAGCAACAUGUUGUCCAACUCGUGACCGACAAUGGCUCUAACUUCAAGAAAGCAUGUCUUGACCUUGUUGCAGAUUUCCCACACAUCACAUGGCAGCCAUGUGUAGCUCACACCAUUAACCUCAUGCUGAAGGAGAUGGGAUGCUUUCCUGAGAUUAAUGAAGUGGUUAGUAGUUGUAAGAGAAUUUGUAGAUUCAUGUACAAUCAUUCAACUUUGCAUGCUGAAAUGCAGAAGCACAUAGGUGGAGAGUUGGUGCGACCGAAUGCCACAAGGUUUGGAACUAACUUUAUGUUCCUAGAAAGCUUUUGGGAUAAGCAAGAGAAAUUCCAAGUGUGGAUGACAUCUCCAGAGUGGAAAAAUAGCUCAUGGAGUUCCGAGGUUGAUUAUGACUACACAUAUGAUUGUUUGAUAAGUAGGACCUGGUGGAAUGGUGUGAAGCGGGUGCUGGAUUUAAUUGGCCCAAUAUAUAGCAUACUUCGAUAUGCUGAUUCACAAAAGCUUGGGUCACUUUCUGGCUUUAUGACAAAGAUGAUGCAUGCUAGGCAUCAAUUGAGUUCAUUGUUUUCUCAUGAUUCUCUAGACCAACACGAGUACCUAAAUGUGGUUGACAAAAGGGUUGAGCAUUUAUACAAAAACACAUUGAUGGUUGCAGCCGGUGUUCUGGACCCGGCAAGUCACUACAAGUAUAACUUUGGAAAAAGUCUAUCACACAUGAGGGCACUCAAUGCAGCACUUAAGAAGUUGGCUAGUCCUUCAGAGUUCAUUGCUAUGAUUCCUGAAGUUCACUCUUAUGUCAAUACAAGAGGGGCUUUUGAAGGCAUGUACCCUCGUAGUGCAGCUGAAAAGGUGUCCCCAACUGAGUGGUGGAUAACAUUUGGAGAUACUACACCGGUGCUUCAAAAGUAUGCUAUUCAGAUUGUUUCUCAAUGCACCUCUUCAAGCGGUUGUGAGCGGAAUUGGAGCACAUACGCUUUAGUGCAUACACUAGUGAGGAACCGUCUUGGUUUUGAAAAGUUGCACAAGAUGGUUUUUUGCCACUACAACCUUGGGCUGCGAAUCCGACUAAUUCUUGGUGAGACAAAAGAGAAAGAGGUUGAUACUUGUGCGUUGUUGAUGAAUACCUCUCUCUAUGAUUGUAACAACGAAAUCAUGGAUUGGCUGGGCAACUCAACAAGUGAUUCCAUGCAAGAUGAGGAUGCGUAUGAUGGUGAUGGUGAUUGUCCAGUGGUCGUAGAGGUGGGACAAAAGAGAACUAGAGGAAGUGGGAUGCCUCCAAGUGAGGAGGAAGAGGAGGAAGAGGAGGCAGAGGAUGUAGAUGAUGGGGAGGAUGAUGAAGGUAACAAUGACGUGCUGCCUAACGAAAACAGUGAACCUCUGCGGAAGUCUACAAGGAAAAGGAGGAAGAGGAAGCUUGAUUCGUUUUAACGAAGGAGACUUGCAAGUCUAGAAGGAACUGAAUGACAAUUUGGUUUGUUGCUCAAUGCUAUGUACUGUGUAAUUGACCGAAUCGAUGGUCUUUUGUUAUGGGACUGUAAUAUAUACUGGCUGCACUUCUUUUGUUGUUGGACUGCUAUGUGUCUUCCUGUGUCUAAUCUUAAGUUUAGUCUCUAAAGUCUGAAGCUAUAUUAUUAGACUGCAAUCUCGUGGGCUUGUGGCUGAUGGUUUAUGAGAAUUGUAUAUUUUUGUUGGUCGUUCUA